AUGGACAUCAUGAAACGACGGGACACGGAACAGUCAAGGCCACAACAUGCAAAGAAUAAACGAGACGUGAUUGGCCUGAGGGGAAAGAAUUUUCGGGGGAAAGACUCAAGAUACGAGUACACAGUAGGUCAGACACCAACAAUCAGGAAUAUUGCAUCAGCAUCGGGAGAAUCAAAGGGCCACCGGCAUCGAUUUGAGCUUUCCACAUACAUGGGAACUGGCGACCAGAUUUCAUACUUGGAGCAGUUCUUUAACAAUGAAGUUCGGGGAUCUUAUAUCGAGUCUCUUCUCAGCACUGAAGAUGGAUCGCAUCCAGACAUGGAAAUGGUUCUGCUUUGGUGUCGUCGAAACCAGUUGAUUCAUCAUACUGUGAGUGCACUGGACGGGACUGGGAUUGAUGACUUGAUGAAAGCGAUGACAAGAUUGGCAAUGCAAUCACGACAGGACUUAGCAAUAGAGUCACGUAGCAAAGAUACGUUGAGUUGGUCGCUGAAUGAGGAACUCGACCUCCAUCGACGUUUCAACGAGAGUAAGAAAUGCCCUUUUCCAUUUUACAGAUGUUGUAAUUAG